GGCUGCGCUCAGAAAACAGCGAUCUCAGACUGUGCGGCUGAAGGGCGGGCAGUCGGAAGACGUGCACACUCACCGCGAGGAGGACAUCUUGAUUAUUCGGUCGGAGAAUCUUCGCGAUCAGGCGUGGGUGGACAUCCGGGCAGCCGCGGGCAAGCUGUGGAUCGAGAACUAUGGCAAGCCUCGCCAUCACACCACGGCCAGGAUGGAUAAAGGGAUUGCUGCGAAGGCCAAGCCAGACGACCGCCGCGGCGAGGCCCACUUCACCCGGGAGCUGUCGAAAAUUCAUCAAUCCCUGAAUGGCGAGGCUGGGCGUGUCCUGCCGAGCCGACACGAUCUUCUCGACGUCGCCUCGCUCACGGACAAGCAGAUCGCAGAGUUCAAGUUCAACGACCGCAAGGAGGCGACCGCUCAGGCCAAGGCUUUACUUGCUGGUUUCUUGGAUGCUUCGGAUGUGACCCCCGAGAUGCAGGCCUUUGCGCUCGACUACGUGAGGAGAACCGCCAAGUCCCAACAGGCCCUGACUUCCAGCCUGCUCAACGUUGUGAAAAAAGUGCACAAGACCCCUCAGAGCAUCGAGGACAAGUUGAUUUUCUUCGACAGCGGCGUGCUGCCGAUGUCCCCGGCGCAACUUGCACAACUGCACGCGAAGCAGGCGGUCAAGCGGAGCGAUGCCGACAUUUUUGUGGUGCCCAACCUCGGUGAGAUCCCGAAUCGCACCCGCCUGAUUGCUGGACUGGUUGGCGGCGUAGUCUCUACGAUGGAGUUCGUGGCGAGUCGCGGCGCAUCUGGCUCAACCGUUGCGUUUUCGGGCUCUGCAUUCGUGCCGCGCAAGCUCUACAUCUGCCCUGGGUUCAUGGUGAAGUACCCUUGGAUCUGUUCUGACAUUUACGAUGUGCUGAACCUGGUUACGGCCAAGUUGAAGCUGGCGAAGUCCGAGGCGGAGGUCGAGGGGAUCCUCGCGAAUGUCGCGACCCGCGCGCGGCGCCAGAGAGAGAUCAUCGUGCUGUGCAGCAAGGCGGAGAAG